GUGAUAACACUGGCUUGUGCAGUCCUCCACAACACAGCUGCCUCUCUUCAAUGCACACAGCACACAACUGCCCCUGGGGCCACUGCUGACGGAGACACCCAGACAGAUCUGCGAGGAAGGGGGUGGGCCAACAGACCCUCGCUGAAGCAAGUCAGACUCGCUCAUUUGCUCUGUCACACACUCAGGGAGUGUUGCAUGCGGUCUACAGGUGCUCACUGGACCACAUGUGGGACUGAGAGAACAAAGAGGACUAAUUGAAAGGAUACAAGUCGGGGGAACAACAACUAUUUUGGAUGUUGGAAAGAGACAUCUGUCGUUGUUUUUUUCCUCAAUGGGAAUAUACUGAGAGUGGAUUCUAACAGGACUACUCCCUUGGGCUGAUUGUGGAUGGCAUUGCUCAAGUGAAACCAGAGGAAAGGACUCUGCGAAUUGAAACUUUGAAGUGAGUAGCUUCUAAGCUUGGGGCAACUGUCUUGUGGGGUGGCUGGGGAAAGGGAAGGGGGAGGGGAAGAGGUGGUUGGGCUCUGGCUCCAGUCUCUGGGGUGAAAUGCCUUCAACAUGAGGCUUUGUUGGAGAAUGCCACAGAGAAGUGUUUGAUCGCUUCAGUUUUAAAAAUAAGAGAUCUAUGUGCCCUCGAAGGCAAGACCAUCUUGCGGUUGGAAGCAAUCUGUCUGCUUUGUUUUGCCCCGUUGAAUUGGGGAUUGAGGGAAAUCCUCUUAUUGUGUGGUCUCGCCUAACUGCCACCCCAUAGUGUGCCUUCGUUUCUCAUUGAGAUGUACAACACGACUGUUAGGAUGGAGAGUUUCAAUUAUUCUCUGCCGCUGAACAACAACAGUUGCCCAAAGAAUGACAGCUUCAAAUAUCCGCUCUACAGUAUAGUGUUUAGCAUUGUCUUCAUGGUGGGACUCAUCACCAAUGUUGCAGCCAUGUACAUUUUCACUUGUUCUCUGAAACUGCGCAACGAGACCACGACGUACAUGAUGAACCUUGUAGUGUCGGACUUGUUGUUUGUGCUCACGCUCCCUUUGAGGGUUUUUUACUUCAUCCAGCAGAACUGGCCAUUCGGCAGUCUGCUCUGCAAGCUCUCCGUUUCCCUCUUUUACACCAACAUGUACGGGAGCAUCCUCUUCCUAACGUGCAUCAGCGUGGACCGCUUUCUCGCCAUCGUCCACCCCUUCCGUUCGAGGGGACUGCGGACCAAGCGCAAUGCUAAAAUCGUGUGCGUCGCCGUUUGGAUUCUGGUGCUCUCUGGAAGUCUUCCGACGGGCUUCAUGUUGGAUAGUACAAACAAGCAGAAUAACUCGAUAUCCUGCUUCGAGAACUUCUCCUCGAAGCAGUGGAAGAGCCAUCUCUCGAAAGUGGUGAUCUUCAUCGAGACGGUGGGGUUCCUUAUCCCCUUGAUCCUGAACGUGGUUUGCUCCGCCAUGGUCCUCCAAACCUUGAGGAGGCCGCACGCUGUCAGUCGAGGAGGGAAGCUGAACAAGACAAAGAUCUUGAGGAUGAUCAUCGUCCACCUCUGCAUCUUCUGCUUUUGUUUCAUCCCCUACAAUGUCAACCUGGUUUUCUACUCCCUGGUGCGGACGAACACCUUAAAGGGCUGCGCGGUGGAGUCGGUGGUUCGGACGAUCUAUCCCAUCGCUCUGUGCAUUGCUGUGUCCAACUGCUGUUUCGACCCCAUCGUCUACUAUUUCACCUCAGAGACGAUACAGAACUCCAUUAAGAGGAAGUCUCAAGGGAACCGUUCCUUGGAUGUCAAGUUCUCCGAGGCCUUGCAGUCGGAGACGAGCUCCUCCCUUCAUUUCAGCCUGAGGUCCAUUAAGAACAAGAUGUUUCACAAUGAAUCCAACGUAUGAGGACAUAUAUUGGACAAACUGAUACUUGCUCGGUGUCCUAUCUUGCAACAAAUCUUAAAGUCAUUACAUGAAGUGGAUGUACGGAAACAGAAUGCAGAAAAAGCAAUCAGCGGCGGAUGAAAUAUGUGGAUUAUGCCCUAAUUGGGAUUGUUAAUAUCUCUCUGAGCAAUGAGUAAACUAUGCCCUUUUAGAGGGAUUUACCUCCCUCUUAAAGUCAUCCUUCAGCCCGGAUCUGGGGGCCACACCUCAAUCUAUCUAAACAUUUGGAUUAUUUAACUGUGGAGUAAGAAUAAUAGAAAUAUAGAUCAACUGGAACUUGAUGAAAGUAGUCCAGAACUUCUAACUAUAUGUGAAUGUACUUACAUUUCCAGAAUGGUAAGUGAAUGUGGAAAUAACAUACUAGGAUAUAUAACCACUAUUUAAUUAAACCCACAAAACAAAAAUGGAAUGAUACUAUUGUAUGCAAUGCCACAUGAACUGCCUGAAACUCACUGACUGCCUGAAAGUGUCAUAGUAUUAACAAGCUGAAAACUUUUGUUGGCACUUUAAUACUGUAUAUUAACUUUGCACUGUUAUUGAUAAUGUCAUAAUGCACUGUUUUUUUCCUGUUACAAACAAUAAAGUUCUAAAAUCAUA